AUGGAUGAUCCGAUCAUGUGGGGAUUUCUUCCGAUGCGGUAUAACUUUGGGCUUGCAUCUUGGAACAAACGAUGGGGAUUUGGCAGCCAUGAUAUAUGUUACCAAACCAGACCCCUGGCUCUUUUCUUCACCAUGGGCCAAGUCCUUCCUACGCACAGAUUGGCCCAUUCGCCGUACGGUGGCCUCGCCCAACCCGUCGUGACCCAAGCGAUCCGGUUGCUGUCGAAGGGACCAUUCCCCGCCGACCCUCACAUGGCCGUCCCUGAACGUCAAUCAUGGAGCCUGCAAAAUGUCUGCGUCGAUCCGUUCUCCGACCUGCCUACAGCCUACACGACUGACGGACACGACUCGCAUUUGUCGCCGUCCUCCUACGCCUGCAAUUCCUAUUCCUGGUUCCACAUCUUCCCCGAGGGAAAGAUCCAUCAGGCACCGAACAAGACCAUGCGCUACUUCAAAUGGGGUGUUGCACGACUCAUCCUCGAAGCUAGCGAAUGUCCCGACGUCGUGCCGAUAUGGCUGGAGGGAUUUGACCAGGUCAUGCACGAGAGCCGCGAGUUCCCACGAUUCCUCCCUCGCGUAGGAAAAGACGUGAGCGUCACUUUCGGACAGAAGGUGGAUAGGGAGGCGGUCUUUGGGGACUACAGAAGACGUUGGCAGGCGAUCAAAGCCAAAGCCGAACGCACAUCCCCCGACACCCGCGAUCUUCCGCUCGGAGUAUUAAACGACGAGCUCUUGUACGACACAGAAGCAAUUGAGCUGCGAAAGGAGGUCACUAAGAAGGUCAGAGAUCUGGUCCUUGAAGUCAGACGGACUAGAGGUCUCUCAGACGAAGACCCGAAGGAAGGUCUUGUAGAGACGUGGAUCCAAGAGGGUCCCAAGCGGGAGGGCAAAAUGGAUGAUGAUUCAUGGUCAGCUCCGCGAUUGUCAGCUCCGCGAUUCCCCUCCCACCUCCGCCACCACCUCUCCCUGAUCCUCUUCGCACCCAUCCCUAUGCCCAAAAAGCACAAGAAAACCGCUUUCGCAAAACCAGCCAGCACUGCUCAUCAUACUCUCGUUUCCUCCGGCCGUCGACACGAUCACCAUGAUCGUCUCCGAUCAUCUCACGCCUCAUCCUCUGCCGCGGAGCAGCCCUCCGUCAACGAGCUGAUCAACCAUCUCCGCCGCACCCAGGUCUCGGGACCUGAGAGCCCCUUCAGAUUUGUCGCACCUCGAUCUGUUCAUCCCUCCUUACGGAACCUCCUCGAGCUGCCGGAAACCCCGCCUCCUCGCCCCCGUCCGGGGGCGCGGCGCAUCGGGGUGGGCUCACGACGCCUGAGACGAACUGCAGGGCCUCCGCCGCCCGAAAGCUGGCUUUUGGGCAGUAGCAACCAGGAUGAUAAUGACGAAUACGAUGCCGAUCUCGCUGCUGCGGAGAAGGAGAGGGUCAUUUACCGACUGGAGCGAUUACCAGGCACAACCAUCCCGCGGAAAGGUAGCCUUCUGGAUACCGUGCUGAAGUCGAUGGCUACAUACUGGGAGUGGCAUCUCGAGUACGAUGGACCGUUCUUGACGGACCUUCCGAACCAUGUCAAAGUGCGUCUACUCAGCUACAUUGGAGUAUACGCAAGGGAUCGGCCAUUGGGUGGGCUGAUGCGUGGCCUGCGACCUUUGUUCGAGAAACACCGCGCCGCAGACGGACUUGAUAUACUCCACGACAGCGAUUCCGAAAUCACCCGCUUAGACUUGGGCAGCGCCCUUGGUCGAUGGCUGAGUCUGAAACAACUUUCCGCUGAACUUCUGGUUACGGAGAAGCCGAAUCCUGUUCAGCGCAAGCAGAAAGAGCCCGUCCCAUCCUCCUGGGAGGAGGAAUAUGACGAAGAGGGAGACCACACGGCAGGAGGGUCUACCAUCCCCAGUACACCUUCACAUGCACUACGCUUCGAAAACCUCCGCUACCUCUCCCUUGCGCAUCCCAAACCCGGAUCCGUCAAUUGGAACUCUCUCCUCAAUCUCCUAUCUCGGCUCUCCACCAUCACCCAUCUCUCUCUAGCCCACUGGCCCAUCCCCACCGUCACUCCCAACGCAAUCAACGCGCGAGUCCGCCACCCAAACCACCGCUCCCUCAUCUUCUCCUACGGCGGCACAGACACCUACUCCGCCAGCGAAAACAACUGGGCCGAAGCAGCUGGUCUCCUCCGGCGCCUUUCCCGCUGUGGAACCGGCCCAGCCGGCGAAACCUAUGCCUCCGGUCCCGAAUGGAACGGCUCCUGGCGAGACAUCGAAUGGAUCCGUCUCGGACCAGGCUGGCUCCCCCACAUCGACGACAGCGAAAUACUACCCCCGGAGUUCAACAGCGACUCGCACCCCAGCGGCUCAUCCUCAUCCUCUCUAUCCUCCCCAACACGAGCCCUAGCUUUCUCCAUCCACGCCCCGCACCCAUCCCUAGCCACCACCAUCACCACCCCCCACCCAGACCACCUACCAUGGGACGUUGAAAUCGAGCGCAUCAAAUACCGUCGCGCCAAGGAACUCGAACGAUUCCGAGAGACCGUCCAGGCCGCGAAAGAAGUCCAGCAAUGGGUUCACCGGACACGGAGAGAAGGAAAAGGGAAAUGGGAUGGGUUGAAACGGUUGUUUGGGAAGGAGAGGUUGCGGUUUUUGCCUUAG